GUUCAACAAUGUAAACCAACAGAGUUUAGAUGUGCUAGUGGUGAUUGUGUCGAGGGAUCAUAUAGAUGUGAUGGUCAAAUUGACUGUAUUGAUAAUUCAGAUGAAAUUGGUUGCAGUAAUAUCUGUAAGGAUGAGGAAUUUAAAUGUCGAUCUGGAGACUGUAUUGAUAUAUUUUUAAUUUGUAAUGGACGUAUUGAAUGUCCUGAUGGAAGUGAUGAAGAUGACUGUCCAGUUGGACCAUCUGGAACCUGUAGAGAUGAUGAAUUCCGAUGUAUUGAUGGUACCUGUAUCAAUUUUAAUUUCCGAUGUGAUAGCAGAUCAGAUUGCCCAGAUGGUGAUGAUGAAUUUGGUUGUCGUAAG